UCAGAUUUUUUUGCUGUCAAUUUUUAAUUCUGAGGUUAGGUUUUUGGUGGUUGAGGUAUAAGGUGACUUAACUUAAAAGUUAGGCUUGUUGACAAAUUAGUCUUUCUUAAAGCUAAUAAUUUGAUUAAUGCCUCCUUAAACUAUGUCGUUUUGGAUAUUUGGUUAAUUCAUGGCUCGUCAUAGUUGGUACUUGGUAGUCAGAGGAAAAGACAAGCACAAACAUUCAGAUUUUUGUACUUUUGUCUGAUCUCUUACAACAAAAGCACUGGUUUUUAUUUUCUUUUCAAAAAUGGGUUUUGUAAAAAAUGUUAAAUCUAAAGUUUUUCUAUAUACAAACUAUCUGUUUGGUGCUUGCAUAGGUGUGAGUUCAAAGUACAUGAGCUCAGAGGCAAAUGAUUCACAGAGCAUGGGAAGCAAAUGCUCUUCUGCGUCAAUCAGAACAAACCCUCGAACCGAAGGAGAGAUCUUGCAAUCUCCAAACCUCAAAAGUUUCAGUUUGGAUGAGCUCAAAUCAGCAACUAGGAAUUUCAGACAAGAUAGUGUUCUUGGCGAAGGUGGAUUCGGUUGCGUCUUUAAAGGAUGGAUUGAUGAGCAGUCUCUCGCUGCUUCUAAACCGGGAACCGGUAUGGUUAUUGCUGUCAAAAGACUUAACCAAGAUGGUUGGCAAGGUCAUCAGGAAUGGCUGGCUGAAGUGAAUUACUUGGGGCAGUUCUCUCAUCCUAAUCUUGUGAAACUUAUCGGUUAUUGCUUAGAGGAUGAGCAUCGUCUUCUUGUGUAUGAGUUCAUGCCUCGUGGAAGCUUAGAAAAUCAUUUAUUCAGAAGAGGUUCUUACUUCCAACCGUUAUCUUGGACUCUACGGUUGAAAGUUGCUCUUGGUGCUGCACAAGGCCUAGCUUUUCUCCACAACGCCGAGACUCAAGUCAUAUACCGUGACUUCAAAACUUCUAAUAUACUUAUUGAUGCGGACUACAAUGCCAAGCUUUCUGAUUUUGGAUUGGCUAAAGACGGUCCAACAGGUGAUAAAAGCCAUGUCUCUACAAGGAUCAUGGGUACUUACGGAUACGCAGCUCCUGAGUACCUUCUGACCGGUCAUUUAACAACCAAGAGUGAUGUCUAUAGCUACGGUGUUGUGCUUUUGGAGAUACUGUCUGGACUUAGAGUGGUUGACAAGAACCGUCCACCGGGAGAGCAAAAACUGGUGGAUUGGGCUAAACCUUUACUUGCAAACAAGAGGAAGCUAUUCAAAGUUAUCGAUAACCGUCUCCACGAUCAGUACUCAAUGGAAGAAGUAUGUAAAGUAGCUACUCUAGCGCUGAGAUGCCUCACAACAGAGAUAAAGAUGAGGCCAAACAUGAACGAGGUUGUUGCUCACCUCCAACACAUCCAAGCUUUGCAUGAAGCAGGAGGAGGCAAUAACAUUGAUAAGGAGGAUAAAAGAAUGCGUAGGAGAAGCGAUAGUGUUCUCCUCCUCAGCCAGAAACCAAAUGAAGGUUUUGCUCGGCAAACAGCUGCUUAUCCACGUCCCUCUGCUUCACAUCUGUUUGCUUGAGGAAGAGACAAUGAUGUUAUGUUCUGUUUAGUUCAGAAGAUGUACAGUUUUGCUUCUGCUUAUGUACUGAGAGGAUUGUUGUAGUGCGAGAAGUGAGUAACAUAAGAGUAUAAAUGAUCUAUCAUAUCAUGUCUUUCAACUUCAAGCUUUGUUAUAUGCAAGACUAGGCCUGGAUGUUUUUACCCCA